GGUUAUAUAUGGGUAGUGAGCCUAUUGGGGAGAAAUUGGAGGAGUGGGCAAAUUAUAGAAAAGCUAGCAAAAAUCUAGGAAUGGAUCUUUUCAAGAUCAUUGAGUCUGAAUUUCGCCGGCUACAGAAAAUUUGUGAGAGGAAAUACAAGUAUUUGAGAGAGGAGAAGCUGUGGCUGGAUAUGGAGGGAAUAUGUUUGGAAGAAGAUAAGAGAAGAGAAGAGAUUUCCGGCAAUCCACAGAGUUACAAGUCACUCUUGCUAAAGCGGCAAAAAGAGAUUCAGAUGGAGGAAUGUAAUGAUGAGACGGGUAGCAUGGAGUUGGAUAUCAUAGGGAGUAUUUUGAAAAAAGCACAAGCUGACAAUGACAUAAAUAUGUUAAUCCAGAUGCACAUUGAUCAAUUGUUUGGAAAGUGUUUCAAAUCCGAUGCUUUAAUCCUGGGUGCUAAUGCUUCCAUUCAGCUGACAUGGAAGAAACUUAAGAUGGUAACUUCUUAUGACUAUCGAUCGAUUGUGGUGCCAUUGUUAAAGACAUUCAUGCGGGCACAAUUAGAAGAAAUGGUUGACGAAGAUGCUACAAAGAAGUCUAAUGCUGCACUAGAAGAUUUGUUAUCUGGGCUUAAUCUUGAUGCCAAGAAGAACACUGAAAAAGGAGGUGAUGAUGCAAGGCAUGGACAGGGGAAAUCAAAGAAUAAAAAGAAGAAAAAGGAUCACAGAAAGGUUAAGGAAUUUAAGGCAACCGGUGGUAGUGAGGAUCAACAGGAAAAUGUGGAGCAAAAUUUGGUUCCAGCUGCACAUGGCACAGAUCAUCCUCUUAAUUCUGAGGUUGUUGGUUCAGUAACCACUGAUGAAUUAGAGCAAGAGGAAAGGGAAAUUACAUGUACGGCUGAGGAAGAGAGUAGGAUUGAGGAGCAUCAAAGAAUGCUUGCAAGGCAUUUGGAGUACCAAAGGCAGAUUGAGAAUGAGGCCAAACAAAAGCGCCUUGCUGAGAUUGAUGAGGCUUAACCAGUACAGGGAAUGUGACAGAGGAUGUGCCUUUCAAUGGCAUCAACUUUAAUAUGUUUUUGACUUGAUAGAUUUUAUUUCUCAUCAGAUAGGAUGAGAAAUCAUGUGAACUUUAAUUUUCGUUUUUUGAGAAGACUUCAGUGAACUUGAACAUGAUAUAUUUUACUGCCUGUGAUGCUGACUGUCGCUUCAUUAAGCGCAUUAUUGAUGACAAACUGAAAUGAACUUGUUAGCUAGCAACUGAGGUAGAUGUUCUAAUGCAAUGAUUUACUGCUUUCGUUUAUGAAGCUGUUUUCAAGAUAUCUUCAAACUGAGAGUGUAGUCUGUUGUGCUUCUCAUUGGC